AUUAAAUUCACAGCUAUAUCUAGUACCCUAGAUGAUGUGCUUUGUCCUGGAGUAGCUGGGCUUCCUGCAACGGUUUUCAUCGGAGCUACACCAGCAACUGUACCAACCGUAGCAACUGCUACUCCAAAGCCAACUGCCGCAACUCCUAAAGUGACUGUGUCACCAGCGGUUGCUGCUGCAAACUCUGCUGCUGCGGCAAAAGCGGCAGCUAAAUCCAAAGCAGUGCAAGCAGCAAAACAAGCUGUCGCCGCAGCAAAGGCAGCAGCAGCUAAUGCAGCUGCAAAGGCAAAGGCAGCCAUGGCUGCAAAAAAGGCGGCUGCAGCCAAAGCUGCGGCAGCGAGACAAGCAGCGACGCAAGCAAAGGCUGCAGCAGCAGCGCAAGCUCGGGCUGCUGCCAAAGCUAUGGCUGUGGCAAAAGCAGCUGCAGCAGCUAAGAAGGCUGCCGCGGCUAAGGCGCAAGCAACGAAGAAAUCAGCGGCGGCUGCGAAGGCAGCAAUAGCUGCCAGGAAAGCAAACGCUGUCAGGGCAGCAGCUGCAGCUAAAGCAACAGCAGCUGCAGCUAAAGCAAAGGCAGUUCAGAAAGCAGCACAAAGAGCAAAGGCAAAUGCUGCAAUCAAAGCAGCAGGUAAGCUUCAAGCACGAGCAGCCGCGGUCAAGGCAGCUGUUGCCGCCAGAGCAGCCGCAGCUAGGUCAAGAAAGGCAUCGAAGACUGCUGCAGCUGUCAAAGCUGCGGCAAAAGCAAAAGCGGCAGCUGCUGCAAAGGCGCAAGUAGCAGCAAAUGCAGCCAAAGUAGCUAAGAAACAAGCAGCUGUCAAAGCAGCGGUAGCCAAUGCAAAGGCAGCUUCAGCAAAAAACGCUGCGGCGGCUUCCAAGGCUGCAGCUAAAGCGCAAGCAGCAAAAGCGGCCCAGGCAGCAGCAGCCGCAAAAAACGCAGGCAAACCAACCCUAGCUCCAACAACAGUGGCAGUAAUAACGUCACCAAGGACUUCAUCACCAUCGCCAGGGUCUUCAGUUAAACCAGGGGUGCUCACCGGUACCAAAAAGCCCAGUUUAAGCACACCCAUAACGGCAAAAAUUGCUGCAACUACACAACCAGUGGUGGCGACAACCCCAAGACCGAGGACAAAAGCUUCUGUUACAAACAGGCCAGGUUGGUAGCCUUAUUUUAGUUAACCUUUCUUAGCCAGACGCUUUGUUUUGAAUAAUUCGGACAAUCGUAAUAGGAUAAUUGUUUGUUCUCUUGCCAUUCUUUAUUCUUUAUGCAAAUCAGCAAUUCUAAAUAACUUCAUUCUGCUGUAAACUAGACAUUUACCACCAAAUGAAGUUGAACGAUGUACGGACCGUUUUUGCGGCACAAACGGUCUUUGAAUAAUAUUGUUUUUUAUUAUGUUGUGAAGGUUUAACCAAAAUGGGAACGCACGCACAACAAAACAUUGCGAUUUCACGUCUUUAGCGACUGUCAAUUUUAUGGUCGUGCCUUUCAAUUAGUUAUUGUACUGCUUUCAAAGGUUCCCCUGUGAAAUCCUUUAAUGCUGUGGUGCGAAUACCCAGUGGCAAACACCAUCCCGCGCUGAACAACAAACAAUCUUCUGAGUUCAAGAGGCUUGAAAAACAACUAUGUAGUAAGGUAAGAAAUAAGCUUCCAUUUUCCUUCAAAACGUACUCCGCUUAAAUCUGAUUUGUUCUUGUUUUUAGUUAUUAUGGCGGUUUCUUUCAAAACAAACUUUAUUCUGUUUUUGUGAAGUUCUUGAUAGUGACAGAAGCUUACGGCGGACACUCGAUAGAAGUGGGCAGAGAAGUAGUCCGCGUAGCUGGCGGUAUUUUUGUUUUUGUUUUUUUUUCUCUUUUGUGGUUCGCAAAGUAAGAGUUAGAGCAGCGCGAAUGAUGAAGCAGGUUCAAAACAGGAAACGAUAGGGGAGGGGCGUGGGGAGAAGGCCCCCUCGCCCAUCGUUUUGCUUUUCAUCCUCGGUUCAGCUUUCGCGCGGUUGUAUCUCUUACUUUACGAACCACAAAAUAAAAAACCCACCAACAUAUUCCCAGCUACUCGGGCUACUAGAGAAGGAACAAGAGAUUUGCUCAUUUUUGGUCUUUUUCGCUUUUGCUCCGUUGUUUAUGGUCACCGGUUCAGUCUUUGCUUCCAUUACUUCUAUCGCUCGUUUUUUAUUAAAAGCAGUGACAGGGUGAGGAACAGCUUUAUUUAUCUCACUGAAUGACGUAACCGAUGUAGACUUCUUUUUAAACUGUCUCAGUCAGUCUUGAAUAAGUGUCUGACAAACUGUUUUCUCCGUUAGGUUAAGUCAGCUAUAAAAGCAGUAACACAAUGUCGUGUUCAAAGUUUCCGGUAGGUGGUGACAUCAAACAUUAUUCAGUUUAACUUGAAUGAAAACGCAUAUUGCUUAACUGGUCACUCAUAAAGUCAGAGUUCGGAUUUCACUGAAGCCUGCAUUUCACUUCGGCUCUUUUUUAUCCUCCAUGUUUAAUUAUCAUUACGGUAAAUGGAUAACAUUUCUAAGUGCGAUGAUCACAUUUGCCGUUUAUAUGCUUCGUCCGCACCGUAUAUAUUUAAUUCUUUCUCUCUUGGAAGGCUGUGAAGUACUGUGGUAGGACGUCUGUGAGCGACCGUUGCGUUACAAGUGUGAGACAGAGAAACACAAUGCAAGUAAAAGCCGAAGCUAAGACAUUAUNUGACAAACUGUUUUCUCCGUUAGGUUAAGUCAGCUAUAAAAGCAGUAACACAAUGUCGUGUUCAAAGUUUCCGGUAGGUGGUGACAUCAAACAUUAUUCAGUUUAACUUGAAUGAAAACGCAUAUUGCUUAACUGGUCACUCAUAAAGUCAGAGUUCGGAUUUCACUGAAGCCUGCAUUUCACUUCGGCUCUUUUUUAUCCUCCAUGUUUAAUUAUCAUUACGGUAAAUGGAUAACAUUUCUAAGUGCGAUGAUCACAUUUGCCGUUUAUAUGCUUCGUCCGCACCGUAUAUAUUUAAUUCUUUCUCUCUUGGAAGGCUGUGAAGUACUGUGGUAGGACGUCUGUGAGCGACCGUUGCGUUACAAGUGUGAGACAGAGAAACACAAUGCAAGUAAAAGCCGAAGCUAAGACAUUAUUUUGGGAAAUCUAGGUACAACCAUUAGGAACGACGGCAUUUUCAUGGGCGAACGUUAACCUGUUUUAAACUCUGGGUCUCCGAGGGUGUUUACACAUCAUUUGUUACUUCACCUGUCUUUUCCUAUUAUGUCAAGUUGUGGUUUUACUGGAUGACCCCCCCCCCUCCCUCCCCCCUUAUCUGAAGGUCUGGAUCCGCCACUGGCAGUGAACCCUGCUCUUGAGACUCCUGCUCAGAAUAGAGGUUAAAUAAGUGUGCACUAUACUACUAAGUUUCUUGUGUUUCUUUGCAGACCUGGAAGUCUGUUAGUGGACUUUUAUCUGAAGUUUCUGAGCACCAUAUCUAACCCCGUACAGCUGUUGCUUAAUCUACUUAAAACCGGGUUUAUUGGAAGUAUUCCAGUUGAUAAGCUGCCAAAGAGACUCUACAACGGGACGGGUACGUGGAUAGGAGUGUCUGUGUUCGUUGUACCAGCGCAUAGGUUUAGACCAAAGUCCCGUUAAGAGGCUACAAAAGUGAAUAUAGUACCUCAUGCAUAGCAAUUAGAUCAGUCCUGUAGUUCUUUGCGGACUCCUAAAAUUUCCUCAACAAGGGCGUAACUAGAAAUUUUCCAGAGGUACGCACAAUUUCCCAAGUUAACCCAAUCCCGUCUCCACAUUCAUUUUAACGAGGGUGGCUUGAUUACAUUCCCCUUUUUUAUCGGUAUUGUGACCACCGUGUUCUGCAGGCAGCAGUAUUUACGGCUUUUCGCAUGUGACAAAAGCUGCAAAACGCCUUAUUUCCCUUGAAGUUAUAUCUGAAGGAGGUUAAAGGGAACUUAUAUAUUAGGUAAAUGCGCUUAUUUACCUUCUUUCCCCUUGCUUUGCUUUUCUAUUUUGUGUUUGUUUUUUAAUUUUAUCUUCGCCAUUUUUCCAGGCGCACGUGCGUACUGGGCGUACAGAUAGCUGCACCUAUGCUCAUAGUUUUUUUGGCUUGGUUUCUUUUUCUUUAGCCAAUUUUGAAGAGAAAGCAGGUGAAUAGAGGGAGGGUACAAUUAAUACUUGGAGGUUUAUACGGCUAUGCGCACACUAUACCUCAUAGAUUUUCAUUUCGACUCGAAAAAAAUAUUCGGUUGAGUAUACUGUGAACACCUAUCUAAUCAUGAUAUGAGAUCCUCAACUUUAGAGAUCAGCGCGGCGUAGCUUCGCUCCGUUACAGAAAUCGAGCCGAAAUCACCGGUCCUACGUGUGAACAGAAACCCUAUCCAGUAUGUUUUUCCUUUAGGCAAAAAGCUAUCAUUUGUAAUUUGAACGAUUAAGGAAUGAAAAGAACAGUUGGCAUGACUGGGAUGAGAAUAGAAGAAGAUUAAAACAAGCGCCUUUAGUAUUUACAUUUAUGGGGAAAAUGUCAAAAUGAGAGUGGACAAACAUGACGUCAUGCUCAUUUCAAGUUCAUUGCCCCGAAAUAAAAUUGAAGCUUAUCAGGUCGUUGUUUCGAGGUCGUAUAUGAGGGGGCCCAAAAAUCCUUCAGGGUUAUCACACUACCUAUCUUGACUGAAAGUUGCAUCAAUCUCAUAUUUUUUUUCUUCUGUUUCAGGAGUCACGUUUCCUCCAGGUUUUUCUGGCUGCAAGCCUGUAGGCUGUCCAAACCCCUGUCUUCCUCCUACAUGCAGUACAGUAUGUUCAACUGGAAUUCAAUGUUCCAAUCCUGUUACCAGCUUACCAUUUGUUUCGACUCCAGUAGUCGCUCCCACAGUACCAGUAAUUCCUAUGUCAUACCCUGCACCGUCAAUAUAUUUUCCAGCUCCAUACCCUGCUACUCAACCCAUGCCUGUUCCUGCCCCCUGCCCCGUGCAGUGCGUGCAACAUACGCCGCAGUUCUGUCCCGCUUACUGUCCCAGGAGAUGCUGUCGAGCGGGUGUACCAUUGACAAGGGCAGGCAAGAGAAGCGGAAUUAAGAGACCU